AUGUUGCUCAAACUGAAGAACGUGCAACCUGGAUUAAGACCGUCAUGUCUGAUGACUGACUUUGAGCAAGCCGCCAUGCAAGCAGAAAUUGAAAAAACGGGUCGUUUUUUCAUCUAUCACAAUGCGUUUGGAGGCGAGUACAGAUGGAAGAAGAGGGUGCGAAGAAUAUCCGGAGACCCAGUCCAUGGGGUUGCAGUGCAAGGCCAUGUAGAUGGUCUGGCUACUGGCACCUCACUCUAUAGUGUGGCGGUGCAAGGCACUAUGGAUGGAAGGAUUAUUUGUAGACCAAGGGAUUGGAGGUUUGAUACCUGGAAUUUAGGCACGUUGACAGGAAGGAGUUUGGAAGCGGUGGAAGAGUUGCAGAGGAGAAUGGUUGACGUGGCUGCAUUACAGGAGAUCAGAUGGAAAGGAGAAGGUACAAGGUUUGUGGAGGCUAAAGAUGGAAGGUAUAAGUUGUGGUGGAAGGAGGAUGAUGGUACGAGAGGAGUUGGUGUGAUGGUAAGAAAAGAGUUGGAGGAGAAAGUGUUGGAAGAGAGGCGGAAAAGCAAUGGUGUAAUUGUGGUGGUGAUGGUCUUUGGAAAGGUAAUAGUGAGGGUAAUAUCAGGAUAUGCUCCGCAACAAAGCAGGAAGGAAGAGGAGAAGAUAGGUUUUAUAAUGAUGUUUCUGACGAGAUUGGGCAAGCGGGUUUCACCAUAUGAGAUGUCUGCGUCGCAUAUUACGGGUCAAGUGACCGGAUACAACUUAAAACACCGAAGUGUUGAAGCCGAGUUCUCAACGGACGACGUCUCAAAUGGCUCGGUCAUGUUGAGAAAUAAGGACGUUCUACGGUUAACUAGUUGA